AUGUCGAUUUCAGAAAUAAUACCAAUAGUUGAUUCAUAAUAUUUCUUUGGACUUUAUAAAUCUGAAUUAAAACUAUUUUAAGUUUAACCUCCAAAAUAUUACCACUCAUUUAAUACUUCAUAGAGAAUAAUAUUUUUAAUUUUUCAAAGAUGGACUUAUCUAACAAAAUUUAUUUUAAUGUAAAGUAAUAUUGAAAUUUUAAAUGAAAGUGUACCCAGAAUAAUUAUUGAUAAGAAAGAUAUGAUAAUUGAAUCUCACAAUAAUGAUGAAAUCUGUAUUCUGUAAUCUAAAAUAACCUAAAGUUUACCAAUAAAUUUAUAAACUAUCCAAGAUAAUGAUAGAUAUUAUUAGAUUAAUAAUAUCUUAAAUAUUGAGACUCAUAAUUUGUAUUUUGGUGAAUAUUCUAAAGUAUUAAAUUUUUGGAAAUUUAAUGAUUAAACAAACGUCAUUUUAGUCUUAAUUUAAUCGAAAGAUCUAAUCAUUUUGAUAUUUUGUAAAUAGAAUAAAAUUCUAAAAAAAUAAAAUAUAAAAAUAAAAUAAAAUUAUAUUGAUAUUGGAGUAUUGUAAAAUUCUAAUAUCUUGGUUUUUUAUGAGGAUCAAAUUUAACAUUAUAAAAUUGUUGAUUCAUAAUAAAUUCAAAAAACAUAGUUUGUUUAAGAUUAGAAAAUAAUAAAAUUAAAUAAAUUAUAUAAUCAAAUUGUUAUUUCAUAUGAUAACUGUAAAAAAUCAGUCGUAAAAUCUAUUGAUAAUAAUUUCAUAUUUAUGUAAUAACCAUAAAAUUAUCCCUUUGAUUGUACAUAAAUGCAAUAAAUAAGUAUUACUAAUUUAUAUAUUUUUCAAACUUAUAUUGUUUACAAUUUAAAUCACUUUAAAUAGUACAUUUAAGUAGGGAAAAUAAUAGAUAUUUUAAUAGAUGUAGAUUAGAGAUUAUAUGUUUUGAUUUUAGAUGAAGAGGAUGAAAUUGUACUCAAACUCUUUCGUUUUCUCAGAACUCCUGAUUUCAUAUUUAUUUACAAAAUUCCUACUUAUAAUUUUAAAUUCUAACUUUCUGUUAAUUAAAAAAUAGAGAAUUCCUAUUUAAUGAUUACAGCCAAAUAUUAAAAUAAAACUUAUUUACUAGUAUAUAAUUUAAGAAAUUAAGCCAUUAAUUCUUUAAUAUAUAUUACGGAAAUUGAUUAAUCAAAUUAAUUUUAUUCAUACUAUGAUUUUACUAGUAAUUCUAUUGUAUUUAUUAAAGAUGGAAAAUUUUACUUUCAUAAGUUAAAUUAGAUUUGUUUCAAAUACACAUUUUUUGAAGAAAAUUUUAUGAUUUAGAAAAAAUAAUUAAAAUUAAAUUUUAAUUCUUUUAUCAAUAAUUUUAAUUUCACAACUAAACUUUUGGUUUCUAAAUUAAAUAGUGAUUACACACUUAGCUUAUUGAAAUAAGGAUAAAAAAGAAAUAUUUAUUAUUAAGGUAAUUUAGAUUUGAAUUAAAUCAGAGGAAAUAUUAUCAAAUUUGAAAUAUAACCUACUUAAGAUUUUAUCAUCAAAUUACCUAUAAAUAUUACAUAAGAAUACUUUAUUUGUUCAUAUUAUUAAUCUAGUAUUUGUUUAAAGAAUAGAACUUCAAUUAUAAUAUAAUCACUAAACAUAAGUGUUCAACUACCAUUUGAACUUGACGAUAACUCUAUUAAAGGUAUUGUAUAUAAUUAAGAGUCUCUUACAUAUUCAAUAUUUUUUGUUGAUCCCAAUCGUAUUCUUUUAUAAUUAAUGUUAUAAUUGGGAAAUAAUGAAUCAAAAUAAUUCACAAUAUUAACAUAGGAUAUUUUAUAUAAUGUACUCAAAUAGGAAGAAAUAGAGUUAAUAAAUAAAGUGAAAAUUAUUAAAGAAAUUACAAUAUUUUUUAAUUAAAGAUUAUUUGGCUUAAUAUUUUAUAAUAAUUAUUGUUAAAUAAUUGAUAUAUCAGAAAUUAAUAGUACAUAAUAUUUUUUAAUUGAUGGAGCUUACUUAUCAAAUAAUACAUAUGUAUUCUUAUAUAGGAAUUAUUCAAUUAUUUAGAUGAAGAUUAUUGCAUUUAAUAAUAUUUAAUUGAUUUCAGAAUUUUAAUGCAAAGGUGAUAUUAUUUAAGAACAUUAAUUUAAUCUUAUAGAAAUAUUUGAAAGAGUUUACACUCAAACAUAUGAUGAUGUAUUAAGUUAAUUAGAAAUUAUCCAUCUUGAAAUGAAGGGAGAUUAAUUUAUUAUGAAAUUUGUUAUGAUCUAUAUGAUUUACUUUAAUAUAAUAUUUGAAAUCUCUUUCAAUAAUAUCAAAUAUGAUAAUUUUCAUUUGUUAUCGUAUAAAUUUCUAAGAUAUGAAUAAAAUACUCAUUUUUUAGAUUUACUUUAUGCAGAUAAUAAUUUUGUUAUGAUAACACUUUCUUCAGAUUCAAAUUCAUUUAUCAAUGUUUAUGAUAUCAAAGGAGAAAUGAAAUAUAAAGAUUAUUUAGAUAGUAUUUAGAGAAUAGAAUCAUUUUAAUAUAAAAAGAUAGAAAAAUAUAAUGCAUCUCAUUAUGUCAUUAAUAAUCAUCAAAAUAAUAGGGUAACCUUUGUGACAAUAAAUUAAUUGUAAAUUGAGUGCUAAGGUCAAUGCAAUGAACCUUCAAAUUUAAUACUCUCUAAUGAUGUAUCAAGCAUAAGUUUAGAAAUUUAAUUAAACAAUAAAUCGUAUUUAAAUGUUAUUAUAACAAUUAACUCAAGAAUAAUCAUGACUAAUCUAAUUUUUAUAUUAAUUUAUAUUAAAUUCGGAAAAAGAGCAAAAAGAAAUUAUACUAAAUAAUUCUAUGGCAAUUCAUGA